AUGGUAUCCUCGGAGAAAGAGCCAACUUCGUCUGGCCAAGCGUCAGUCCCGGCGAUUACCGUGCAGGUUCCGGAGAUCGAUAGCUCCUGUUCCUCCUCUAGCAACGGCGACCAUGACGAGACGGUUUCCUCGGGCAUGUCCUCGCGACAGAUGUCUUUCAGCAACCUGACAGCUAUAGAUACUACACACACCGGUCGAGACCGAGCUAUGAGCGGCAGUACCAUGGCGCCCGCUAGCCCGCUGCUAGAACUCCCCGACAGCAAAGGCGACCCAUCGAGCUCCGCGUCGAGUAUUUUCUCAUCUAAAGAACAAGAAGGCGCCCUUCGACCCGAUCCCGGAUCUGAGAACGAUUUCAAAGUCGACAAUAACCCCUUCUCAUUCUCUCCCGGCCAACUUAACAAGCUCCUUAACCCCAAGUCGCUCCCUGCGUUUGUGGCUCUCGGUGGACUAUCGGGAUUAGUCAAGGGCCUACACACCGACGCUACCUCGGGCCUCAGCGCCAACGAAAGUGCCAUUUCCUCUCACCAUACAUCGACAUCCGCCAACGGGGCCUCUGAGCCCUUCUUCGACCGAGUCCGCGUCUACAAGAACAACUCCCUUCCCGAGAAGAAAGCAACGCCGCUAUGGAAACUGGUCUGGCUGGCAUACAAUGACAAGGUGCUCCAUCUCUUGACAGCGGCGGCUGCCAUAUCCCUCGCCCUAGGCCUCUAUGAAACAUUCGGCGCUCACCACGAACCCGGCGAACCCAUGCCCGUGGACUGGAUCGAAGGAUGUGCCAUUUGUAUCGCCAUAGUCAUCGUCGUGCUCGUCGGUUCCCUGAACGACUGGCAGAAAGAGCGGGCAUUUGUGCGCCUGAACGCAAAGAAAGAGGAUCGCGAGGUCACAGUCGUCCGGUCCGGUAAGACCGUCCGCAUUUCGGUCUUUGAUGUUCUCGUCGGCGAUGUCCUCCAUCUAGAACCGGGUGAUAUUGUCCCCGCCGACGGCAUUUUCAUCGAGGGCCAUAACGUGAAAUGUGACGAGUCAUCGGCGACAGGCGAAUCGGAUCAACUGAAGAAAACGGGUGCGCAGCAUGUCAUGGACAUGUUGGAACAAGGGCACAGCAAAGCGCACGAGAUGGAUCCGUUUAUCAUCUCGGGUAGCAAGAUCCUCGAAGGAGUCGGCACAUGCCUUGUGACGUCUGUUGGGGUGAACUCUAGCUACGGCAAGAUUCUUAUGGCGAUGAGACAGGAUAUGGAACCUACACCUUUGCAGAAGAAACUGGAUGGUUUGGCUGGGGCGAUUGCGAAGCUGGGUAGCAGUGCUGCUAUUCUGCUUUUCUUCGUUCUGCUAUUCCGUUUCGUCGGAACGCUGUCUGACAAUCCGCGAACUGGCGCCCAGAAAGCCUCGCAAUUUACGGAUAUCUUGAUCGUAGCUAUUACGGUGAUCGUGGUUGCCGUUCCGGAGGGUCUUCCGCUAGCAGUCACCCUAGCGCUGGCAUUCGCAACUACUCGCAUGGUCAAACUCAACAAUCUGGUGCGCGUUUUGAAGUCAUGCGAAACAAUGGGCAAUGCCACAACCGUCUGUUCCGAUAAGACUGGGACACUGACUCAAAACCGGAUGACGGUUGUCACUGGCGUCUUCGGAGACGAUCACUUCGACGAUAAGAACCAGACCGGCAGCGAGCGACGAUCGGCCUCUUUUGCCGCUGACAUGGCUAAGGAUCAUAAACGGUUGUUGAUUGAGUCGGUUGCCAUUAACUCGACAGCCUUUGAAGGCGAAGAAAACGGGGUUCCCGGCUUCGUCGGCUCCAAGACCGAGACGGCUCUGUUGGGUUUUGCUCGGAAUGUACUCGGAAUGGGAUCUCUGGCUGAAGAACGUGCGAAUGCGACGGUGAUCCAGCUUAUGCCUUUCGACUCCGGUCGCAAGUGCAUGGGAGUAGUGGUGCGACUGGAAAACGGUCAAUAUCGAUUCCUCGUCAAAGGCGCGUCUGAAAUCCUGCUCGGCUACAGCUUCGAUAUCUGGAAACCAUCGGGUGUUGAUACCCUUGAGACACGCGAGCGACAGCAACUGGAGGACAUCAUUCUAACAUACGCGAAACAAUCACUCCGCACUCUUUCCCUGGUAUACCGGGAUUUCUCCUCCUGGCCUCCGCGAGAGGGUGUCAGCCCUGAAGAUCCCAAAUCCGCGGACCUCACCCUGCUGCUCAACAACAUGACCUUCCUCGGCGUCGUCGGCAUCCAAGAUCCCAUUCGACCUGGGGUUCCUGAGGCUGUGGCGAAAUGCCACCACGCCGGCGUCACAGUUCGCAUGGUCACCGGUGACAACAUGGUGACAGCUAAAGCCAUUGCGACAGACUGCGGGAUCUACACUGGCGGCGUCGUCAUGGAAGGACCUCAUUUCCGCACCUUGACGGACGAGCAGUUUGCAGCGACAUUGCCCAGGCUGCAAGUGCUUGCGCGUUCUUCCCCGGAAGACAAGCGGAUUCUUGUAACCCGCCUGCGAGAAAUGGGUGAGAUCGUUGCCGUCACGGGCGACGGAACCAAUGAUGGACCAGCCCUGAAGGCUGCGAAUAUCGGAUUCUCGAUGGGAAUAGCAGGGACCGAAGUAGCUAAGGAAGCGUCGGCGAUCGUGCUGAUGGAUGAUAAUUUCGCCUCCAUUCUGACAGCCCUGAUGUGGGGACGAGCUGUGAACGAUGCCGUUAGAAAGUUCCUCCAGUUCCAGAUCACCGUGAACAUCACUGCCGUGCUCAUGACCUUUAUCUCGUCCGUCUCAGACGCAGAGAUGAGAUCUGUGUUGACAGCCGUUCAACUCCUGUGGAUUAACCUGAUCAUGGACUCCCUCGCCGCUCUGGCUCUCGCCACCGACCCUCCCACCGAAGCCAUUCUCGACCGCAAGCCCCCGAAACGCGGCGCCCGCCUCAUUUCCAUCACAAUGUGGAAGAUGAUCAUCGGGCAAGCCAUCUUCCAACUCACAGUGACCUUAAUCCUGCAUUUUGCCAAAGGCCCUGGAUUCCUAGACUACCCCGACGAGGAGCGCCGCUCGAUCGUGUUCAAUGCGUUCGUAUGGAUGCAAAUCUUCAACGAAUUCAACAACCGACGGCUCGACAACAAAUUCAACAUCUUCACGGGUCUGCACCGUAACUACUUUUUUAUAAUCAUCAACUGCCUCAUGGUCGGCUGCCAGAUCCUGAUCGCCUUUGUCGGAAAGACUGCCUUCAGCAUUGUUCCGAUCAAUGGUGUCCAGUGGGCGAUUUGCAUCCUGGUUGCGGCGCUGUCGUGGCCGUGGGCAAUUGUUGUGCGCGUGUUCCCGGAUGAUUGGUUCGCCGCCGUUGCGAGGUUUGUAGGGAAGCCCGUCGUGAUGGUCUAUCGGCCGCUGAGUCGGGGGAUGCAUCGGCUAGGGGCAAUGAUGCCGUGGAAGAAGAAGAAGGGACAGGACGAGGAUGAUGCUGAAACUACUGCGGAGGGUAGUCGCGAUGCCGAGAAGGUAUAG